AUGCCUGCUAUUAUUCCGAAACAAAGCAAGUCAAAGCCAUCUCUAACAGCUCGAAGGUCACCCACAGACUGGGACUCGUGGACACCGUCGCAGCAAGGAGGGGUGCUGGCUGCCUCACUGCUCGUAUUCCUAUUCUUCUUCGGCCUAGGCGUCUAUCUCUGGCAACGGCACCGCGAGAGAAAACAGAGAGAGAGACGCCCUUCGAGGCCGAGAAGCAGAGCUCGUCACCACCAUACGAAGAAACGCCCUAUAUCACAUAUCACGUCUCCGCCACGGAAGAAACCAAGGAUCGAGAGAGUCAAGUCUAGGGCUAAGGCAGAGACUCCGGACCAGAUGAUGCAGGGGGCUCUGGCUACGCCUGAGAGCACGACCAAAGAGCAGCUGACUGAGAACAAGGACACACCAGGCCGAGUGGAAGAGGCUGACCAGGGGAAGGACAAGUUAGUAGAUGCAAUACUUGACCAAGCCAACGACCGGUUGAAGAGAAGAAGGGAGAGGCGGCGAGAGGCCCGUCGCAGACCAACACAGGGUAUACAUCUGCUGCCAGACGAGCCAUCAAAGGCUAUCUCGACGAAUCAGCAGCAGUAUCUAGGACAGAGGAGGAGUCCACUUCAUGAACGAUGA